AUGGUACCAUCUCAGCCGUCCGUCCACAUUCUGCAGCGAAGAGUAACGAGGUUCGUGGAUACUCCCGGUAUUUGGACAAAAGAGCAGGUGGAAGCAUGGAAGCCCAUCGUGGAUGCUGUUCAUGGGAAGGGAGGGAUAUUCUUUUGCCAGCUUUGGCACGUGGGAAGGGUGUCUAAUUAUGACACUCAACCAAAAAUGCUUGGCAUUUACAUGGUCGAAUCGCUGAACAAGUAUGGAAUUGCGUAUUGCCAUUUGAUCGAGCCGAGAAUGGUUUUGGUAGAAGAGAAGCUUGUAAUUCCUCACAGCCUUCAAUCCAUGAGAAAUGCUUUUAAGGGGACUUUCAUUGUUUCUGGGGGAUACGAUAAAGAUGAAGGGAACAAAGCUGUUGCAGAGAAUUACACCGAUCUGGUCAGGUUUGGCCGCAUGUUCUUAGCUAAUCUCGAUCUUCCUAGGAGGUUCGAACUCGGUGCACCACUUAAUAAGCAGGACAAAAUCACUUUCUAUUCAUCCGAUCCGGUUGUUGGGUAUACUGACUACUCAUUUCUUGAUUGA